AUGGUCCAAAACAAAGCUUUCAUCUACAAACAGGUACCGCAGGGCUGGCCCAAACCGGGUCAAGACCUCACAAUUGAGGAUAUUGGCUUCGAUGACAAUGCCUCACCUCCACCAGGUGGCAUCACUACCAAGAACCUUUAUGCCGCCUUCGAUCCCUCGCAGCGGGGCCGCAUGCGCGACCCAGCCAUCAAGUCCUAUUCCCCGGCAAUGGAGGCUGGCAAGCCUGUCAUCUCCGUCUCCGUCAUCGCAAAGGUCCUCAAGUCCGACACCGACAAGUUCCCUCCCAGCAGCACCGUCAUCAUCGGCCGCACCUACACCGAGAGCUUUUCCGCCAUCCCUGCCGACGCUCUAGGGACAGUGCACAUCAUCGAGGCCAAGGCCGGCGUGCCACUGACGGCGUACCUCGGUGCUCUGGGCAUGACGGGCAUGACGGCGUACGGCUCGCUGCACGAGAUCGGCAGGCCGAAGAAGGGCGAUGUUAUCCUCGUCUCGGCCGCGGCGGGCGCCGUCGGGCAGUUCGUAGGGCAGAUCGCGGUGCGUGAGGGUCUGCAUGUCAUUGGAUCGGUCGGCGACGAUAGGAAACUCGAGUUUAUCACCAAAGAGCUCGGCUUCCAUGCCGGCUUCAAUUACAAGAAGGAGAACAUGGCCGAGGCGAUCAAGCGGCUGGCGCCUGACGGACUAGACAUCUUCUACGACAACGUCGGGGGAGAAUUGUUAGAUAUCGCGAUCGCGAAUAUGAAGGAGUUUGGUCGGAUUGUCGCCUGCGGCUCUAUAUCCCAGUACAACAACGCCAGCGCCUCGGAUGCGUAUGGCGUAAAGAACUACGGGCAGGUGGUCCGCAAGCGCCUCUUGUGGCAGGGCUUCCUAGUCUUUGAUGAGAACAUCGCGAAACAUCGGAAAGCACGUGACGACAAUAUCAGCAAGUGGAUAGCAGACGGGACCUUCAAGUCGGUGGAUCAUGUAACGAAGGGAAUGGACAACGCAAUCGAUGGGUUCAUCGGCAUGUUGAAAGGUGAUAAUCUGGGCAAAUCGGUUCUCUGGAUUCAAGACCCUUGA